GAUGAGAAGACGGAGCUGCAUUGGAUGGAGGGCCCACCCCCGAGCCACCCCCUCUACCACCCCAUGCCACCGCCCUGCCCAGACAGCCCUGGGCACAGGAGCCCACAGAGAUGGGAGGCAAGGAGACCUGGGUAGAAGGCCACUGAGAUGAGGGGAGAGGGCUACAGAGAUGAAGAGAAAUGAAGAGAAGAGAGACAGCCAUCAAGACUGUCCAGAGAAGUGGGCUAAGGCCCAUAAACCCCACAAGGACAGGAAAAGCCCAGGAAUAAGAAAGAAAGGCCCAUGGACACAAGGGAGCAGCCUGCACAGACAAGCAAAAGGACCUCGGAGACAAGGGGCAGUAUGUGGACACAGAGACCUCCCAUGAAGGAAAACAGGGGAGAAGCCAGAGACACGAGAGAGGCCCCUGGAAACAGAAACCACUCCUCGGAUAUGGGGAGCGGUCCACAGGGCAGGGAGAGAGCCAAGGAGAGCCGAAGAAGGUCACAGAAACAAGGGAGGCCUACAGACACCAGGGGACCACAAAGACAAGGAUGUGGCUCAUAGACACAAGAGAGCCGCUGAGGCAGGAGCUGCCAGCCUGGAGAUGCGGGGCAAGCUUCUCCCAAUAGAAAUAGCUCCUAUAGAGCCCAGGGCCUUGCUGCCGCCAUGACUGAGGAAUCAGAGGAGACAGUCCUGUACAUUGAGCACCGCUAUGUCUGCUCUGAGUGCAACCAGCUCUAUGGAUCCCUGGAAGAGGUGCUCAUGCACCAAAACUCCCACGUGCCCCAGCAGCACUUUGAGCUGGUGGGCGUGGCUGACCCCGGAGUCACUGUUGCCACAGACACAGCUUCAGGCACGGGCCUCUAUCAGACCCUUGUGCAGGAGAGCCAGUACCAGUGCCUGGAGUGCGGUCAACUGCUGAUGUCGCCCAGCCAGCUCCUGGAGCACCAGGAGCUGCACCUGAAGAUGAUGACACCCCAGGAGGCAGUGCCAGCUGAGCCACCACCCAAGGCACCACCCCUGAGCUCCAGCACCAUCCACUACGAAUGUGUGGAUUGCAAGGCUCUCUUUGCCAGCCAGGAGCUCUGGCUAAACCACCGGCAGACACACCUCCGGGCUACACCCACCAAGGCUCCUGCCCCUGUUGUCCUGGGGUCCCCAGUUGUUCUAGGGCCUCCUGUGGGCCAGGCCCGAGUGGCUGUGGAGCACUCAUAUCGAAAGGCAGAAGAGGGUGGGGAAGGGGCGACCGUCCCAUCUGCCGCUGCCACCACCACUGAGGUGGUGACCGAGGUGGAGCUGCUCCUCUACAAGUGCUCUGAGUGCUCCCAGCUCUUCCAGCUGCCAGCGGAUUUCCUGGAGCACCAGGCCACUCACUUCCCUGCUCCUGUCCCCGAGUCUCAGGAGCCUGCCCUACAGCAGGAGGUGCAGGCUUCGUCACCUGCAGAGGUGCCUGUGUCUCAGCCUGACCCCGUGCCAGCUUCUGACCACAGUUAUGAGCUGCGCAAUGGUGAAGCCAUUGGGCGGGAUCGCCGGGGGCGCAGGGCCCGGAGGAACAACAGUGGAGAAGCAGGCGGGGCAGCCACACAGGAGCUCUUCUGCUCAGCCUGUGACCAGCUGUUUCUCUCACCCCACCAGCUACAGCAGCACCUGCGGAGUCACCGGGAGGGCGUCUUUAAGUGCCCCCUGUGCAGUCGUGUCUUCCCCAGCCCUUCCAGUCUGGACCAGCAUCUUGGAGACCACAGCAGCGAGUCACACUUCCUGUGUGUAGACUGUGGCCUGGCCUUUGGCACAGAGGCCCUCCUCCUCGCCCACCGGCGAGCCCACACCCCAAAUCCUCUGCAUUCAUGUCCGUGUGGAAAGACCUUUGUCAACCUUACCAAGUUCCUUUAUCACCGGCGUACUCAUGGGGUAGGGGGUGUCCCUCUGCCCACAACACCAGUCCCACCAGAGGAACCUGUCAUUGGUUUCCCUGAGCCAGCCCCCGCAGAGACUGGAGAGCCAGAGGCCCCUGAGCCCCCUGUGUCUGAGGAGACUUCAGCAGGGCCCGCUGCCCCAGGCACCUACCGCUGCCUCCUGUGCAGCCGUGAAUUUGGAAAGGCCUUGCAGCUGACCCGGCACCAACGUUUUGUGCACCGGCUGGAGCGGCGCCAUAAAUGCAGCAUUUGUGGCAAGAUGUUCAAGAAGAAGUCUCAUGUGCGUAACCACCUGCGCACGCACACAGGGGAGCGGCCCUUCCCUUGCCCUGACUGUUCCAAGCCCUUCAACUCGCCUGCCAACCUGGCCCGCCACCGGCUCACACACACAGGAGAGCGGCCCUAUCGGUGUGGGGACUGUGGCAAGGCUUUCACACAGAGCUCCACACUGAGGCAGCACCGCUUGGUGCAUGCCCAGCACUUCCCCUACCGCUGCCAGGAAUGUGGGGUGCGUUUUCACCGCCCUUACCGCCUGCUCAUGCACCGCUACCAUCAUACAGGUGAAUACCCCUACAAGUGUCGUGAAUGCCCCCGCUCUUUCUUGUUGCGCCGGCUGCUGGAGGUGCACCAGCUCGUGGUCCAUGCUGGACGCCAGCCCCACCGCUGCCCAUCCUGUGGGGCUGCCUUCCCCUCCUCACUGCGGCUCCGGGAGCACCGCUGUGCAGCCGCUGCUGCCCAGGCCCCACGGCGCUUUGAGUGUGGCACCUGUGGCAAGAAAGUGGGCUCAGCUGCUCGGCUGCAGGCACACGAGGCGGCCCAUGCGGCUGCUGGGCCUGGAGAGGUCCUGGCUAAGGAGCCUCCUGCCCCUCGAGCCCCACGGGCCACUCGUGCACCAGUUGCCUCUCCAGCAGGCCUUGGAGGCACUGCUACAGCAUCCCCUACAGCCCCUGCCCGCCGCCGGGGUCUAGAGUGCAGCGAGUGCAAGAAGCUGUUCAGCACAGAGACAUCACUGCAGGUGCACCGGCGCAUCCACACAGGUGAGCGGCCGUACCCAUGUCCAGACUGUGGCAAGGCGUUCCGUCAGAGUACCCACCUGAAAGACCACCGGCGCCUGCACACAGGUGAGCGGCCCUUUGCCUGUGAAGUGUGUGGCAAGGCCUUUGCCAUCUCCAUGCGCCUGGCAGAGCAUCGCCGCAUCCACACAGGCGAACGACCCUACUCCUGCCCUGACUGUGGCAAGAGCUACCGCUCCUUCUCCAACCUCUGGAAGCACCGCAAGACCCAUCAGCAGCAGCAUCAGGCAGCUGUGCGGCAGCAGCUGGCAGAGGCGGAGGCUGCCGUUGGCCUGGCCGUGAUGGAGACUGCUGUGGAGGCGCUGCCCCUGGUGGAAGCCAUUGAGAUCUACCCUCUGGCCGAGGCUGAGGGGGUCCAGAUCAGUGGCUGACUCUGCCUGACUUCCUCUUCAGCACCUCCAUGCCCUGUUGCUGAAGGCCCUCCAGCAUCCCCUUAAGCAUCUGUACAUACUGUGUCCCUUCCUCUUCCCAUCCCCACCACCUUGUAAGUUCUAAAUUGGGUUUAUUCUCUCCUGAGGUGGGUGCUUUGGGGUCCUUGACACACAAAAAGGUGCCCCCCCCACCUUCCACCUCUUAGCACUGGUGACCCCAAAAAUGAAACCAUCAAUAAAGACCGAGUUGCCAGCA